AGUAAGAUGAACUCCUCCUCCUCCUAGUCAACUCAGAUUGCUUAAGUCGACUUCUUCAGCACCCCCUCCUGGUUUUAUUAGUCGUCUAUGUUAGCCGGAAUGGGUUAUGACUUGAAGGAGAUCAGUAUCAUUCGUUGCAGCACAAGACAAAGUGCAUCUUAGCCAUGGGACUGAACGCACCACCUCAGAUUUUGACCGGCUAGAUUAUAUAGAAACAUUGAUGUCAGGGAAUCAGCAAAAUAAUCGAGUAACAUGCAUGUUUGAAGCUUCCAUUUAGUCUCGAUGCACUUCAAAAGAAAAAGUAGGGAGAAACCACACUGGCAUCAUCGCUUGGCAAGCAAAACCACGGCUUGCAAGAAGAGGAUCGAUCAAGGGGUUGGUAGAAGAACUCAUGCAAGCUGAGAACAUGCCCGAUCUCGUUGCCGGUUAAGAUUUAGGGGGGUUCUCAUUGCCGGUUGUUGACAGCCCCUAAUUACUUCUUUCUACAGUUAUUUAUCUGGAUAUGAUCUUUGUACGUACGUCAAGCCAUCCAGCUUCUUUCUUCAGCGCUUAAUAGAACGAGGGUGAAGUGCAACAGAAGCUGCCGGAUUUUGGAGAUGGCUGGGGAUUCGGAAGCCAAUCUCGAGAGGAACGGUUCCAUGACGUUGAUCCGGGAACGGGCGAUCCCAGUCGCCUGCUUGCUCCGUGUGCCUCUUCUGGUGCUCCUUGCUGGAUCAUUCAGGAGGCCAUCGUCGAAAUGGAUCCAGGAAGCUGCAGUAGGCGGAACAGAUACAAGAAUUCACACUACUUCCUCCUCCGUCGAGCCACCCAAGGUAACUUCGUUGGACGUUGACUGAGGCCUUAAUUUAUUUGACCCGACUCCCUAAAAUGCACCACCAUGUUGCAAUGAUCUAUCUUAUCAGCAUUCUUUUGUGUAACAAGAUAACUUUGUUUUCUUACAUGGUUAUGUUUCUUGCACCGUUCCUUCAUGCAUACGGGACCUGCAAGGCUGCGUCUCUUGCAGAAGAGAUCAUGGAGUCGAUUACGAUAAGCUGAAUCCCGUGUUUAUAUGUAUAUAUAAUCUCGGUGAGACCUUUGUUAGUGGUUGCCCAUGAACAAUGACGAUGGUGGAGGAGUGGGAGACAAGUCAUCGGAAGAAUUUUCCCAGCCAUGUCAGAGUCUCUCGAUUCCUCACAUUAAUAUUAGGGUUGACAAAUAUGUCACCUGAUUUCGACUGUAGGGCAGUAAACGGAUCGAGGAUCCCACUCGGGUCAUCGGAUCAAAAUUUCCGGUCCAAUAAGAUCGUGUACCGAUCGUUGGAUCAAAAGAUGGAUGUACGUUCGAUCCGAUGACCCGGCCCGGUUCGACUAAAUGGGUCAAAAUUGAUGCGCCUGCUCUCGACCUUGGAGAAACCAUCCAAAUCAAUGCGACGAUCACUUAUUUCGCGAACUCUAUAUAUAGAAGGGAAGAAUUCUAGGACGCUGCGGUGGUGAUGGAGACGAAGCGCUUGAGGAGGCCGCAGCAACCGGCGCCCGCCCCCGAUUCGGAGAGAGAGGGGCCUUUCUGGGCCGCCUCCGCGGCGGCGGGAAGGAAGCCGCCGCGCCUCAUGCACCUGCACCCCUCGACCGCGCUCCUCCUGCUCGCCUCCCUUUUGCUCAUCUGCAUUGCCCUGUCCGGAGCCCACCGCAGCUUUCCGCUUGACCGCCUUCGCGCAAAAGGAGGUUUAGAGAAUGGUACAUUUCCAUCCCUUGGUGGUCCAAAGGAUAGAUUUCUUCAUGGCUUGCUUGCUGCUGGGUUUGAUGAGCAAUCCUGCCUAAGCAGGUACCAAUCUGUGUUAUACCGGAAAGAAUCACCUCAUGUACCAUCUUCUUACUUGGUGGAGAAACUGAGAAACUAUGAAGCUCUCCACAAGAAAUGUGGUCCGAACACUGAAUUGUACAAGAAAGCAGUUGAGCAGUUGAAAUCUGAUCAUGGCACCCGAUCAACAGAGUGCAACUAUGUGAUAUGGAUAUCAUACAGUGGCUUGGGCAACAAGAUGUUGUCUAUUGCUUCAGCAUUUCUAUAUGCUCUCCUAACAAACAGGGUCUUGUUUAUCGACCGAGGUUUCGACAUGGCUGAUCUCUUUUGUGAGCCAUUUCCUGAGAGCUCAUGGCUUCUACCUCUGGAUUUCCCCAUCAAUGAGUUCGAUACCUUUGACAUGAAGACACCCAAGAGUUAUGGGAACAUGUUAAAAGACAAGGUUAUCGGUAACGGUGAUGAUGGUACUUCAACACACUCCCUGCCUGAUUACAUUUAUCUCCAUUUAUCUCAUGAUUAUGGUGAUUAUGAUAAGCUUUUCUUCUGCGAAGAUGAUCAGAGGUUUCUUACAUUUGUCCCUUGGCUGUUGUUGAGAUCGAACAACUACUUCGUGCCAUCCCUCUUUAUGAUCCCAACAUAUGAAGAAGAACUAAAACAUCUCUUCCCAGAGAAAGACACAGUCUUCCAUCAUUUGGGACGUUAUCUUUUCCACCCUACCAAUUCAGUGUGGGGUUUGAUCACCAGAUAUUAUCAAUCUUAUCUUGCCAAGGCAGAUGAAAGAGUGGGCAUACAGGUGAGAACCUUCGAAACCGAUGGUGGUCCAUUUCAGUAUGUGUUAGACCAAAUUCUUGCAUGCACUCAGAAGGCAAAGCUUCUUCCCGACGCCAGUGGCCAAGACACUGUGGUUUCGACCCCAAAAACCAAAUCAAAAGCUGUGCUUAUGACUUCUUUGAACUCUGGAUACUCUGAAAACAUCAGGAACAUGUACUGGGAGCACCCUACAGUCACCGGUGAAAUCAUUAGUGUCUAUCAACCGAGCCAUGAAGGAUACCAGCAGACAGAGAAGCAAAUGCACGACAUGAAAGCAUUAGCAGAGAUCUAUCUCUUGAGCUUGACAGAUGCGUUGGUGACAAGCGCAUGGUCUACGUUCGGGUAUGUGGCUCAAAGUCUUGGUGGUUUACGACCAUGGAUCCUCUUCAAGCCCGAAAACCAUACGGCUCCUGACCCUCCUUGCCGUCAAGCCAUGUCAAUCGAACCUUGCUUUCAUGCCCCUCCCUUCUAUGACUGCAAGGCCAAGACAGGUGCUGAUACAGGGGCUCUGGUCCCUUAUGUCAGGCAUUGCGAAGACAUGAGUUGGGGGCUUAAGGUAGUCGAUCAGAAUGAGUGGUAG